AUGGGCCCAACACCCUUUGGCUGUCUUCCCAGGGAGAGGGGAUCCAUGUCCUUCUCCCCUUGCUUCUGGAAGGGCCAUGACUGCCUCCAUCAUCAGGUACUGUGGGAGGGAUGCUCUGUGACUGCUGAGGCUGAGUUAGAGAAGAGCACCCAGGUUCCACCUCUUCCCUCUGGGAUAAAGCAGCCCCUCUGUAAGAAGUCAGAAGCCACGUGGAGUGGAAGCCACGUGGAGGGGGUCCCAUCCCGCAGCUCAGGGGCGCUCCUCCUGCUGGCCGUGCCGGGAGCAGCCACUGUGCACCACCAGCCCAGCAGAGCCUUGCGAUGA